AAGGUUCGCUGGCAUUAAGUUCAUCACUCUCUCUCGGCUACCAAACAGAGAAAUUGUGCAUUUUCUUUUUCCCAUCAAUGGCUGCAACAACACCGAAUCACACAGUAACAGUAUCUGGUUGGGCAGCACAUGAUACUUCGGGGAAGAUUAGCCCCUACACCUUCAAAAGAAGGGAGAACGGUGUAAACGAUGUAACCAUAAAGAUCUUGUACUGUGGGAUCUGCCACACCGACCUCCACUAUGCUAAAGAUGAAUGGGGCAUCACCAAGUACCCUGUGGUGCCUGGGCACGAAAUCAUUGGGGUGGUAACUAAGACAGGAAGCGAUGUGAAGGGGUUCAAGGAAGGAGACAGAGUGGGUGUGGGGUGUAUGGCAGCUUCAUGUUUGGAAUGCGAACACUGCAAGACAGAUCAGGAAAACUACUGUGAUAAGAUGGUGCUUAUAUACAACGGAGUCUUCUGGGAUGGCAGCAUAACCUACGGUGGCUACUCCAAACUCAUUAUUGCAGACUACAGGUAUGUGGUACACAUUCCGGAGAGCCUACCGAUGGAUGCGGCGGCUCCUCUACUGUGCGCCGGAAUAACAGUGUUCACUCCGUUGAAAGACCACGAUUUGGUGGCGACGCCGGGGAAAAAGAUUGGGGUGGUUGGGUUGGGAGGGCUGGGACACUUGGCCGUUAAAUUCGGAAAGGCGUUUGGGCACCAUGUUACUGUCAUCAGCACUUCUCCUUCCAAAGAAGCCGAAGCGAAGCAACGUUUGGGUGCUGAUGAUUUCAUAAUCAGCUCCAACCCUAAGCAAUUACAGGAUGCAAAGAGAAGCCUUGAUUUCAUAUUGGACACUGUUUCUGGUGACCACCCUCUGUUACCCAUCUUGGAAUUGCUGAAAGUGAACGGAACCUUAUUUCUGGUGGGAGCACCCGACAAGCCCCUCCAAUUGCCGGCUUUCCCAUUGAUUUUUGGAAAGAGAGCGGUAAAAGGUGGCAUCAUAGGGGGAAUAAAAGAGACACAGGAAAUGUUGGAUCUGUGUGCGAAGUACAACAUAACGAGUGACAUUGAGGUAAUAACACCAGACAAGAUCAACGAGGCUAUCGAUCGUCUUGCGAGGAAUGAUGUUCGGUACCGUUUCGUGAUUGACAUUGGUGCUGCCUCCAGCGAGUAGAGUUGAAUAUGUGUGUGGUGUUUUGAUGUAGAAGCAGUGAUUCUAUACCUUCAACUCCAUCACUGAAUCAUUCAUUUAUGUUGAUGCCAUUUGGUAGCCUUCAUGCUGUAUUUUCAUUUCAGUUUUUCAGUUAUGAAUAAGAUAUUGAGUUUUAGGUACAGCUACAAAUAACUACCAUCCUCAUAUUUAACAUGUGUUCAUUUCUUUUUUUCUUUA